AUGGUGUCCCACAUAGCUCCUCUUCAAUAUAUAGAAUUCCUUCCAACCAAGGAUUUUACACUUUCAGAAUUGUCAAAAGAAGCCUUCAAACAGAUAAUGGAACCACUCAAAGGCGACAACGUCAAUAUGAUCAGACUGUACGGAAUGGGAGGGUGGGAUCAAAUGGCUGAUAGUCUGGCUCUGAAGUUUGAGCCAAGAACUAUAGAAGGGAGAGCAAAACAACUAUGGCAAAGAUUACAGAAAGAGAAGACGAUGCUUAUCAUCCUAGAUGAUCUGCGGCUUAUGAUGACUCUGCAUUAUAGCCACAUUCUGAGUGAGGGCUUGAUGAGAUAUGCCAUUGGCUAUGGGCUACAUCAACAUGUGGGGUCCAAUGAAGAUGCAAGGAAACAAGUGCAUGCGGCUGUCGAAAACCUCAAAGAUUGUUAUAUGCUGUUGGACACUGAAAUUAAAGAAUAUGUGAAAAUGCAUGACUUGGUUCGUGAUGUUGCUAUUCAAAUAGCAUCAUCAUCAAAAGUAUUUGAUUUCACUGGCAAUAGACUGACAGAACUUCAUGAAGGAUUGGUAUGUCCACUGCUCAAAGUUUUGUUAUUAGACUUGGAUGAUAACGUGGAUGUUCCAUACUUCAUUUCGUUGAGAGAGCUGCAAAGACUUAAGAUUCUUGGUUCUCGGAAGUGCUACUCAAUUAAAGCACUACCUGAGGAAAUAGAAAAGCUCAAGAGCUUAAGGUUGUUGGAUUUGACAAGUACGAUUCUAAUUCGGAUUCCUGUGGAUUUGAUUGGAAGGUUGAAGAAGUUAGAAGAACUGUUGAUUGGGUCUGAUAGCUUUGGCGAAUGGGGUGUUGGUGGGACAAGUAGAGGAGGAAUGAAUGCAAACCUAACAGAACUAAAUUUCAUUGUCUCAUCUUUCUGUAUUAUCGUUGAGGAUACCAGAGACCAAAUACAUUCUCAAAGAUUUUGUUUUCCCCAAGUUGCUUAA